AUGUCCGCCACGCAGGAGGAAAUCACGCCCACCAUCCCCGUCACGAAGCCGCUGCAGGUGGCCUCGCUCUACGUCGGCGACCUCGACCCCGUCGUCAACGAGCCACACCUUGUGGAGCUCUUCAAGCCGUUCGGCACCAUUCUGAAUGUGCGCGUCUGCCGUGACAUCAUUACCCAGCGUUCGCUGGGGUACGGUUACGUGAACUUCGACAACCACGACAGCGCCGCAAAGGCGAUGGAGGCUCUGAACUUUAAGCGGGUCGGCGACAAGUGUAUUCGCAUCAUGUGGCAGCAGCGGGACCCGGCCCUGCGCUACAGCGGGAACGGCAACAUUUUUGUCAAGAACCUCAAGGGCGAAAUGGACAGCCGCGAGCUCAGUUUGCUUUUCAAGAAGUUCGGCGACAUCCUCUCCUGCAAGGUGAUGGAGGAUGAGGGGGGCAAGAGCCGCGGCUACGGGUUUGUGCACUUCAAGGACGACGCCGCCGCAAAGGAGGCCAUUGACAACAUGAACGGUGAGAAGGAACACGCCGACGAGACAAAAGACGUGGGCUUGUACGUCGCCAACUUUAUCCGUCGCAACGCCCGCCUUGCCACGUUGGUGGCGAACUUUACAAACGUUUACAUCAAGCAGGUGCUGCCAACGGUAGAUAAGGAUGUCAUUGAGAAGUUCUUCUCCAAGUUUGGUGGCAUUACAAGCUCCGCAACCUGCAAAGACAAGAAUGGCCGUGUGUUCGCCUUUUGUAACUUUGAAAAACACGAGGAUGCCGUCAAGGCGAUAGAGGCGUCUCAUGAACAGUUUGUGGAUGGUGUCACACCACCAGGGGAAACGCUCUACGUGCAACGCGCCCAGCCAAGAAGCGAACGCCUCAUCGCGUUGCGACAGCGGUAUAUGCAAUGUCAGUCGCUUGGCAACAACCUGUACGUCCGUAACUUUGACCCGGAAUUCACGGAGGAGAACUUACAUGAGUUGUUCAAGGAGUAUGGCGUCAUUCGCAGCUGUCGGGUAAUGACGGAUGCAAACGGUAACAGCCGUGGUUUCGGCUUUGUCAGUUUUGAAAAUGCCGAUCAGGCGAAUGCCGCACUGCGUGAAAUGAAUGGCCGUAUGUUGAACGGCAAACCACUGAUUGUCAACAUUGCCCAGCGACGAGACCAGCGAUUCAUGAUGCUUCGUCUGCAAUUCCAGCAGCGCCUACAGAUGAUGAUGCGAAGGAUGCACACCAUGCCGUUUGGCCCGCAAGGUCGCCCCCCGCAGCGUCGCAACCCGCGCGGCGCCCAGCGGGGCGGCGCUGGUGGUGCCCGACAUCACCCUCCCCCGCCGCUGCCGCAGCCGGUGCAACAGGAAAUGUUUACCACACCGCCUAUGGCCUUUGCGCCGCCCCGGACGCCGCAGGCAUCCCCGGGUGCCGCCCCCGAUACGCCGCCGCUGCCGCCCAUCACUGCCGAAGAUCUGCGAUCCAUGACAGUUGACGAGCAGCGUGCCGCCCUGGGAGAUCGCCUGUACAUCAAGGUCUUUGAAAUUGCCCCCGACCACGCGCCGAAAAUUACCGGCAUGUUCUUGGAGAUGGACCUCAAGGAGGCUUUCACACUGCUGUCCACCCCGAGACUUCUCCAUGAGAAGGUCAUCGAGGCCCUCUGCGUCCUAAAGGCGCAUGAAGCCACCGCGUAA